GUACUCCCAAGUCCCCAUUGUUGCCUGAUAACUAUAUAAUAAGCAGUGCUGUAGUCCGAAAUUCGCACUUCUGCAGGUCGUCUAACCAGAGCCACCGCAGGAAACAGCCGUCAUGAAGACCUUCGUUGCCAUCGCACUCUUGUCUGCUGCCUCCCUGGCGUAUGCUGGGCCACGCGUGAAGACCGACUCUCCCAGCGCCAACGGUGCUCCGUUAACAUCAGGAAGACUUAGUGGCAGACUUCCCGGAGCGUCCGGAUUUAGCAGUCCUGGUGGAAUGAGCGGAGCUAGUGGACCUGGCGGAUUUGGCGGACCUGGCGCAUUUGGCGGACCUGUCGGACUUGGCGGACUUGCCGGACCUUUCGCACCCGUUGGAUCUGCCGGCGCUGGCCCACAAGUUGGCCGCCCAAGUUCUGGCUUUCAGGGUUUCGGUGGACCCGCAGGACCCGGCAGUGCUGGCGUAUUUCCCAGUUUCCCCGGUGCCUUCUCUGGCCCGAGCGGAGUAUCCCCCGCCGGAGCCGGCGCUUCACCCGUUGGUCGCCCUGUAUCUGCUGGUCCUAGCGCUGCACCCUCAGUUGGCCGACCUGGAGCACCAGCCGGAGGCUUCCUACCCAGCAGUGUCGUCCUUGGAGCAUGGUACCCUGGUAGCUACAACGUAUGGCCAACGUAUGACCCAGUAUAUUACGGACACGGUCCCUACGGCUUUGGCUUCGGUGAUGGCUACGGUUUUGGCUCGGCUGGCGUUCCUCUCGGCGGAUACUUCUACGGUCUUCCCGGAGACUACUUCGGCGAUAACGGCUACUGGGGCGGCCUCGGUGGCUAUGGUUAUGGCUACCCUGGCCUGGGUUUCUCCUGGGGCCCUCACGCUUCCAGAGGUUUUGGAGCCUCUUCGUCUUCUGCCGGUUCUUCCGCUGGCCAGGGCGCUGGAAGUAGUAGCCUUGCAGCUGGAAGAGCUAGUGCACCCGGCAGUGCUAGCAGCGCCAGCCAAUCACCCGCAAGGCAAUAACAACCCAAUGGGACCGUUCCUGGCCAUCCCACAGAAGCUAAAUAUACUUUCUGCAAUUUCCUAGACAAUAAAUUAUUUCAACAAAUUUUGCAACGAGAGAAAAUGGGCGAAUAAACAGAGUAAUCUCAUUUACUACAGACUGAAUAAAAGAGCUCAUUUUUCAACAGAAA